UUAUCAACUGAAACAGAUCAAGAAAAUUGAGAACCAAAGCUUUUGAACUGCGAAACUAGUGAGGAAAAUUUUGAAAAUAAAUGGCAUUUAGUGUUGGGUUUCGUUUGAAUCUUCUGGGAAAGCCUCAUUCUUCUUUAAUUCCUUCAGUUACUUCAUUUCCAGCUAAGAAUGUUGUUUUUGAUCGCAUGAAGAAACUCCACAACUCCAAUCCACUAACAAGAGCAUCAGCUGAAGGACCACCUGGUGAAUUAGACGAGGAUUCCAAGUUUGUUCCGUUGAAUGCCGAUGAUCCCACAUAUGGUCCACCUGCUUUAUUGUUGCUUGGAUUUGAAGUCAGUGAGGAUGAGAAGAUACGACUGUUCUUGAAAGAACUGGAUGGUGAAUUCUUAGAGGUACGCUAAUCUUCUAAAAGUCCAAGUUCCUGGAAGGGAGAUACCUCCUGAUGCACAAGAUCGAGUGUCGGAGAUUUUAUCCCAUUAGCACUUGAAGUUGCUCGAUUAAGUCAUCCAAAUCAUAUGAUUUGGAUAAUUUCUCGACUCCCUAUCAGAACAGCACGAUGUUGAAGCCUUUUCCUUUGAAGUUAUUGUCAGACAUGCGCCAACCACCGGGAAAUUUUUGCGAGAUGCCAGAGACACGAGGUUUGUUUUAUUUGCAUUCAUAAGUAUAUUUAUUCUUCUUGUAGUAUCAAUUUUGUGAGCUUCGUGUUUCUCCAUGGGUUCCUGCUUUUGUUUAGCAUCGAUUAUAAGAGUGUAAAAAUAACAAUGUCAUAUUAUGCUGUUAAUUACAUG